GGGGAAGAUACAAAAGGCUUGCUCAGAGUCCGUCUCUGUUGACAACGCUGCUGUUCUCGCCCACCCUGUGACCGCAACUCCCCAUAGAGCCCAUCUUCAACUCCCACAACCGGGAACAGGAUCCACAAUCCAAUCCCAGCAACAGAGUCGACAUCAUCAUCGGAUCCGGCGCCAUGAAGCUUAGCACCAUCCUCUCCGCCGUUGGGCUGGUCGUCUCGGCCGGCGCCGCCUCGCUGCAGCAGGUGACCAACUUCGGCUCCAAUCCCAGCGGCGUCAAGAUGUACAUCUACGUCCCCGACAAGCUGGCGGCCAACCCCCCCGUGAUCGUCGCCAUCCACUACUGCACCGGCACCGCCCAGGCCUACUACAACAACAGCCCCUACAAGGGCCUUGCCGACCAGAAGGGCUUCAUCGUCAUCUAUCCCGAGUCGCCCUACUCCGGGACCUGCUGGGACGUCUCAUCCAAGGCGACCCUCACCCACGACGGGGGAGCAAACAGCAACUCCAUCGCCAACAUGGUCAAGUAUACCCUGGAUAAGUACAAGGGCAACAAGUCCAAGGUCUUCGUGACGGGUUCUUCGUCGGGGGCCAUGAUGACUAACGUCCUGGCCGCGACGUACCCCGACGUCUUCGCCGCCGCAAUCGUCUACAACGGCGUCCCGGCCGGCUGCUUCUACACGAACUCCGUCAACGGCUGGAACAGCACCUGCUCGCAGGGCCAGUCCAAGGCCACGCCGCAGCGCUGGGCUCAGCUGGUCUACGACGCCUACCCCGGCUACGCCGGGUCCCGGCCCCGCAUGCAGAUCUACCACGGCAGCACCGACACCACCCUCAACUACGCCAAUUACCAGGAGACCAUUAAGCAGUGGUCCGGCGUCUUCGGCUACAACCCGGACAAGCCCGUCACGUCCUCCCAGAACACGCCCCAGGCGAACUACCGCACGGAUGUGUUUGGCGACCACCUUACAGGUGUCUGGGCCGUUGGUGUUGGGCAUACCGUCCCGAUCCGGGGCGCUGACGACAUGAAGUUCUUUGGUUUGUAGGAGUCUGGGAUUUUUGGAGAGAUCUUCUUGGAUAUAUUAAGUACAACUUAGUCAGGACUAGUCUGACAGUAUAUAAAGUUAAACCAGCUUGAGGCGUUUGCCUGGUGUGCUUGUGAACAACUCCCC